AUGGAUCUCAAGAAGAUUGCAGACGAGACAAAGGCCGAGCUGCCAAAUGUUCUAAGUCAACUUCCUAGCUUCGAUGCCAUGGAUUCUUCGGUAUUUAGCCUCAACGAUCUUGCUACGCUCGACGCAAAGGACUGCCCAGGUUUUGUCCUGUCAGGUAGUGAUGUCAAAGCUGGAGAGAAGGGCACACGGAUCAAGGUAUUCGACAUGGAUACCUUCGAUGCCGCUAUAGAUCUCGCACCAAGCUACGAUGCCAAAACGCACCUGGAUUCCUCGGUGCCGGACCCUAGCGGCUUCGACAGCAAGAUGGACGACGAGGACUAUAUCAUGCUCGAACCUUCACAGGACAGCGACGCCACACCAGCCACCUCAAGCAACGUCAUAUCGUCAGCCAGUCGCAAGCAAAAGCCCGUAGCCGUCCUCAACCUCGCCUCUGAACGCUCCGCAGGCGGCGGAUGGCAAAACGGCGCCCUCGCCCAAGAAGAAGCCCUCUGCUACCGCUCAUCCCUUUACCUCUCCCUACACAAGUCAUACUACCCGCUCCCUUCACUAAGCGCCAUUUACUCGCCUUCCGUCCUCAUCAUCCGAGAUGCCAUGUCUGUCGCGGCGCUGCGCUACCCAGCUCUCACGGAUGACAAGAAGAGCUUCAAGAACGAAGGGCAGCGCGCGGAGACAAAGCGCAAGAUUCGGCUGACGCUGCGUGUUGCGGUGCUUGGGGGGCAUACGAAGCUUGUGAUGGGCGCGCUGGGAUGUGGUGUGUUUGGCAAUCCGCCCAAGGAGGUUGCAGACUGUUUUCUCGAGGUGUUUAGAGAGAGUGAGUUUCAGGGAGGGUGGUGGGAGGAGGUUGUGUUUGCGAUUAUGGAUAAUGCGAGGGGCGAUCAGGGAGGGAAGGAUGGAGUGGGCAACUAUGGCCAGUUCUAUCGUGUCUUGGAUGGGCAGGCGGUUUGA